CGCAUCUCCAAGUGACUCACAGUCAACGUGCAUCAUCAAUGUCAUUAUUGGGGUUAGGCAGACCGGCUCUGCACCGGAUCUGUCUAGCUGGCCAGCUUUCCAGAUCUACGCCUCUGCGAUUAAGCGCAAAUGUGCGUAGCCAACACAGCUCACAGAAACCACCACGACGCUUCGGACAACGAUCAGAGCGCAAAUCGCCAGUCCAACAGAUCAGGGAAGAACAGGUGGAGAUAAUACCGCCCACUGCGGGGAGAUUCUCAGACUCCCCAUCAGGCAAUCAAUAUUCGGAAACUGAUCACGACGAGUUUGAACCGCCCAAUGAUCCCUGGCCCAAAGUACGAGUCCAAUAUCUCCGGCCAGCAAUCUGGUCACUCACCGUCAGUGCUGGCAUCUUUUCUGGAUUAGCGUACUACCAGGCCAAGAAGGAUAUAGAGCAGGCGAAGAAGGCAACAUGGUUUCAAGCACCGCAAUGGGGGUUAAACCCACAAUCACGUGCUGGACCUCCCAGCGCGACUGAGCUCGCAACUCGCUGGUGGACAGAGCUGAACCCCAUCUCGAAAGUCAGUUGGGGCAUCAUUGGGGCAAACAGUGCUGUCCAUCUCACCAGCUUCCUGGUGCCUCGAUACUGGGAUCUGCUGUGGCAUGUUCCUGCACGAAAUGUCAAUUACACAAACUUCACGUCAAUGUUCGUACACUCUGGGCCCAUGCAUCUUGCAGUCAAUAUGUAUGCAACCUACAACUUCAUGCUGCCGGUGGGGUAUUCGAACCUGUUCGAGGGCAAUGGGCCGCACGUUGGAGCGUUUUUCCUUGCUACCGGCGUGCUAUCUGGAUACGCGCAGCACCUGACUACUAUGUUCGCUAAGAACAAGCGUCUCAUUCCGGAAAUAUUCAUCAGAGGUGGUGGAGCCAGCGGUGCUCUGUUUGGCAUUCUCGGCGCUUUCUGUAUGGAGUACCCGACUGCUCAGCUCGGAAUACUGUUCCUGCCUUUCAAAUUCGAAGCGCAAUACUUCUUCCCCGCUGUUAUGCUGUUCGAUCUUAUUGGGGUAGUCCGCGGAUACUCCUUUGUCAACUUUGGUCACGCUGCCCACUUGUCCGGCGCGCUCAUCGGUGUGGGCUACUCCUAUUUCAACGGCAAAGACAAUCUGUGGAAGCCGAUGGUGGGUUUCUGGAGACGCCGUAUGCAGAACGCGCAGUAGUGCUUCAUCUGCGAUCUUAGCUCCCGGUCCCCACAAUAAUUGCAUACUAGCGACCCGUGGUAAACAAACAUGACCCCUUGACAACGAAACCCGUGGUACUGGGUGUCACCGCUGCGAACUGUUGUGUGUAGACGCACGUUCCCGAGCCCAACGCGCUGGCUGGAGUGCACCGGCCAGUCGCAAGCGACGUGGACUAGAUGCCGCAAGGGUCAACCAUGGUCGACGGUGCUCACCGACUCCCAACCU